CCCAUGACUCCAUGAGCUCUCUCUUGUAUCCAAAAUGGAAACUCUCAAAAUCACAAAAAAGCACCACAAACAUCUCAACAACCCCUUCCCUUCAAAUCCAAAAUCUCUCCCUUGUAUUCAAGGAACUCUAUCUUUCAAUCCCCAAACACUCCCUUCACAUCAAAUCUUUUGCAUUGGGAAGAAUUUUCAGUUGACUUGGCAAUCCAAGAAUGGUGGGUCUCUCUCAAUUUCUCAUCAAUCUCAGCCCAACAGACCCAUAUGGUCUACCAUCCCUGGACAAGCCUUUGUCUCUGCAGCAUUGGCUGAAACAGAGGUUGAAGAAAGCAGGGGAUCAUUUGUCAUAACAGACAAAGAUGUUCAUUUGGUAUGUAAUCAUCAAACUAUUGAAGAUAUAAAGGUGAUUAAUCAAUCUGAUCAUAGCCUAGAGGGAGAAGACAAUGAUUUGUCAUCUGGGUAUGACAAAAAAAAAAAUCCAAAUGAUACCCAAUUCCCUGUAUUGUUAAUUACAGGUAGGAUUUUCAGUGUUAACAGAGUGAAAAAGAAAAUUCGAAAUUCUGGAAUCUAUGAGGAAUCAGAGGUUUUGGAAAAUGAACCUUUUGUUUCUGCAAGGUAUUGGGUUUUCUUUGAUCAAAAUACCAGUAAUCAAAUUGGGUUUGAAGUGAAGCUUGGAAAACCCAAUUUUGAAUCACAACAAAGUAUUUCACCAAGAACUUAUGGAACUCAACAGGGCUUUUCGCGGAGGCUGAGCCGGUUUAGGAGUCGACUUGGUUGGUCUGGGCAUCUUUUAAAGCGAACAGCUGUUGUAGCAGCUGCAUCAACAAAUCAAGAAAAUGUGAUGAUGAAUGGUGUUGAAUGCAUGGAAUUCAACAGGGUCUGUCUUACGUAUUCAAGCGAAAAAAAUGAGAGAUUUUAUGGUUUUGGAGAGCAGUUUUCUCACAUGGAUUUCAAAGGAAAAAGGGUACCUAUUUUUGUUCAAGAGCAGGGGAUUGGAAGAGGAGAUCAACCAAUAACCUUUGCUGCUAACUUGGUUAGCUACAGGGCUGGCGGAGAUUGGAGUACAACCUACGCUCCUUCACCUUUCUAUAUAACAUCGAAAAUGAAAUCUCUGUACCUUGAAGGAUACAAGUAUUCAGUUUUCGAUCUAACAAAACAUGACAGAGUUCAGAUACAGAUGCAUGGAGAUUCUAUUCAAGGUAGGAUAUUGCAUGGGAAUUCACCUUUGGAGUUUAUUGAACAAUUCACCGAAGUCAUCGGAAGACCACCAGAGCUUCCUGAGUGGAUUAUAUCUGGUGCCGUGGUUGGAAUGCAGGGCGGCACAGAUCUUGUACGAGAUGUUUGGGACAAACUACAGACCUACGAUGUCCCCAUUUCAGCAUUCUGGUUACAGGACUGGGUGGGUCAGAGGAACACAGUAAUUGGAUCACAGCUUUGGUGGAAUUGGGAAGUAGAUACAACGAGGUAUUUUGGGUGGCAGCAACUAAUUAGACAUCUUAGUGCUCAGCAUAUUAAAGUGAUGACAUACUGCAACCCUUGCCUAGCUCUGAUGGAUGAGAAGCCAAACAGAAGGAGAAACCUCUAUGAGGAGGCAAAGGAGUUGGAUAUCUUAGUCAAAGACAAGAACGGUGAACCAUACAUGGUUCCCAAUACAGCUUUUGAUGUGGGAAUGUUGGAUUUGACACACCCACACACAGCAGGUUGGUUCAAGCAAAUUUUACAGGAAAUGGUGGAUGAUGGUGUCAGAGGAUGGAUGGCUGAUUUUGGUGAAGGCCUUCCUGUGGAUGCCACCCUUUAUUCAGGUGAAGAUCCCAUCUCAGCCCAUAACAGAUACCCGGAAUUAUGGGCCAAAAUAAACCGGGAAUUUGUGGAAGAAUGGAAAAGUAACCGUUCGGGUGAAGAGAGGGAAGACCCAGAAGAGGCCUUGGUUUUCUUCAUGAGGGCUGGUUUCAGGGAUAGCCCCAAAUGGGGAAUGCUAUUCUGGGAAGGCGACCAAAUGGUGAGUUGGCAGGCUAAUGAUGGGAUAAAGAGUUCUGUUGUUGGCUUGUUGAGCAGCGGUAUUUCAGGGUAUGCUUUCAAUCACAGCGAUAUCGGAGGCUACUGUGCUGUAAACUUACCUUUUUUCAAGUAUCAAAGAAGUGAGGAAUUGCUUCUGCGAUGGAUGGAACUUAAUGCAUUUACAACUGUCUUCCGCACCCAUGAGGGAAAUAAACCAGCCAGCAACAGCCAGUUUUACUCAAACCACAAGACUUUAUCACAUUUUGCACGGCUUGCAAAAGUGUAUAAAGCUUGGAAGUUUUACAGGAUCCAACUUGUUAAGGAAGCUUCUCAGAAAGGCUUGCCUGUUUGUCGCCACCUAUUCCUUCAUUACCCAGAUGAUGAACAUGUGCAUAGCUUGAGUUAUGAGCAAUUUUUGGUUGGUGACGAGAUAUUAGUUGUGCCUGUUCUUGACAAAGGAAAAAAGAAUGUGAAGGUGUAUUUUCCUGUAGGAGAAAGUUGUUCUUGGAAACAUAUUUGGACCGGAAAUCUAUACACGAAACAAGGUUCUGAAGCUUGGGUAGAAGCUCCAAUUGGCUAUCCUGCCAUUUUUGUCAAGGCUGACUCAGUCAUUGGAGAGACCUUUCUAAAAAACCUAAGAGAAUAUGAUAUUUUGUAAAGAUUAGCGACCUUGAAAAGUGUUUCUCAUCCAUCUCAAAGCAACAUUUUUUUUUACUAACUACUAGGAUAAUCAAUUCUUUUUGUUGAUAACAGAAUAUGUUCAUUGAAAUAUAAUCCAUUCAAUGCUAUUAUUUCAGUUUUGGGGGUAAACUGACACCUCAGUAUGCUUAUAUAAAACUUUUAGAUCCUA